UUUCGUUUGUUUUUCUGCUUUGGGAUUGAGGAGAUUUUUAAAUUCUCACAUUACUUUGAUUUGGUUUAUUUCAAUUAAAUUAAAUUUUAAUUUUUCUUUUCCCCAUAUCACUUGAGUGAUUAUAAUCGGUGCUUUAAAGUGUUGUGUUUCCAUUAUUUCCAAGAAGCGUAAUUAAUAUUGAAACAUGAGUGAAAUGGAUCUUGAAAUAUUGGGUCCAUUGGAUGAGGCCAGAAAAUAUCUUUCAUUAGGAGAUUUUACUAUGGCUCAAAGAUCUCUUCAAUCUGCUGACCAGAUAAAUAGUAAAACUGAUGAUUACCUUAAAGAGAUGGAAAAUUGUAAGGCAGUAAUUAAAGCUGAUGGUGAUUGUCAUAAAAGUUAUGGUAAAAAAGAUUAUCGAGCUGCUUUAUUUUAUGCGAAUAAAGCACUUACAACUGCUGAUAAGUGUAAUAGGCUAAAAUUGAUGAAAGCCGAGUGUUUAGCUUUACUCAAAAGGUAUGCGGAAAGUCAAGAUAUACUAACCAAGCUUUACCAGGAAGAUCCAAAGAAUCCGGAUAUAUUUUAUAUCAAAGGAAUGAUGUUAUACUAUCAAGAUAAUGUCGAUAAAGCUUUCAGUAGUUUUGCCGAAGCUCUUAGACUGUGUCCAGACCAUGCAAAGGCUCAAUUAGCCUUUAAAAGAGCCAAGUUGUUGAAGAGUAAAAAGGAAGAAGGUAACAUCGCCUAUAAAGCAACUAAACUGGAUGAAGCUCAUAAAAUUUAUACCGACUGUCUCACAAUUGACCCACUGAACACAGUGACAAAUGCUAAAUUAUACUUUAAUAGAGCUCUUGUUUGGGCGAAGAAAGGUAAACUUCAAGAGGCUAUUGCUGAUUGCACCAACGCCAUUAAGAACGAUGAACAUUAUAUCAAAGCCUAUCUGAAACGUGCUAAACUGUACUUGGAUUCAGAGAUGUAUGAAGAAGCUGUCCGUGAAUACGAUUUAGUCUACAAGAAAGAUAAAACAAAAGAACACAAAAAACUUCUAGAAGAAGCAAAAUUAGCCUUAAAGAAAUCCAAGCGAAAGGAUUAUUAUAAGAUUUUAGGAGUAAAACGAGAUGCAAGCCAAGAUGAUAUAAAGAAAGCUUAUCGUAAACGAGCACUUAUACAUCAUCCAGAUCGUCACUCGAAUGCAAGUGAAGAUGUAAAAAGAGAUCAAGAGACUCAGUUCAAGGCACUGGGAGAAGCAUAUAAUAUCCUUUCUGACCCAAAGAAACGAGCCCGGUACGAUUUAGGUUACGAUGAAGAUGGAUCAAGUUACUCAGAAGUUUCACCCAACGAUAUUUUCAGAAGUUUCUUCGAUAUACCAACUUACCACGGUAAUACCUAUUCUACUGGUAGUAAUAGUAAUUUCCAAUAUCCAAAUUACAAUUUUAACUUUGCAAAUUCAAAUACCUCUUAUUCUUGAGAAUCGAAAUGAUCUAGGAAAUACACAACAACAACAUCGUCGUAAACAAAAAUAUCUCGAAGAAGAAGUCGAUCAAAUGUAUGGUUCUUUUUUUUAUAAUCUUGAUUUGACUUUCUUUACCCUUUUGAUCCUCCUUAUACAUCCCAAAUUUCCCGUUUUUGAUUCAUUUUAUCAUCUUCAACCCACAAAUCAAUCAACACCACGGAAAACAACACAUCCCUAGUAACCAACAACAACAACAACAACACCAACAAAUAAAACCCACUCUUUAGUAGUGAUCAUUUCUUUUCACCUCAAGUAAAAAUCAUACAAUUGUAAUAAAUGGACAUUGAAAUCUAAAUGUCCUCUUAUAUACAUAUUAAUCUCUGAUUAUCUUAUUGCAAAGAAGUGAUAAAGUAUCAAAUCUUUAAUUGUUCCUUUGCAUUCCAAUUUAUCAUUUAAUUAUUUGGACAAAGAGUGACCAUCAACUCUAACAUUAGCUUGAAAAACUUUGAUAACCAUUGAUAACUUUGAAAAAAUGUAAAUUGUUUCAACUUAGCAAUCUAAUGUAUUAUAUAAACGACACAAUUUAACUUGUGUAAAAUCAAAUAUAAUUACAAUUUAAUACAAUUUUACUUUUCAUCUGCAAUAA